AUGUUCCGUGCAGCCCCACGGUUAAUUGCGCGUCCAGCGCUGCGACCCGCGCCACUACGGUCUGUCGCGCCGGCCAGGCGGUACUUGAGCACCGCACCACCAUCACAAAAGUCGAGAAGUUUCAAGAGCUUGGUUGCUAGGCUGGGUGUUGCCGGAGCAAUAAUAUACUAUUACAACACCACGGAUGUUUUCGCAGAGGAGCCAAGACAACUUGUCCAACCCCUCCCAGAAACCGAAGUUGAAUCCGAGCACCUCCCCACCAUCGAAUCCAUCUCCGAAGAGCGCAAGCGACGACAAGCAGUACAGGCACAAAUCGAGGCCCAGAAGCAAAAAGAGGCUGAGCGCGCACAACAGAAUGCUAAGCCUUCAGAAGAUGGCCAGGGUGGCAUAGAAGGACUCGAGGAAGAGGCAGAUCAACAGGGCGCAUUCAACCCGGAGACAGGCGAGAUCAAUUGGGAUUGCCCAUGUCUGGGCGGCAUGGCUCAUGGCCCUUGUGGUGAGCAGUUCAAGGCGGCGUUCAGCUGCUUCGUAUACUCCACCGAAGAGCCAAAGGGCAUGGACUGCAUCGACAAGUUCAAGGACAUGCAAAACUGUUUCCGCGAAUACCCCGAAGUCUACGGCUCAGAGCUAGACGCUGACGCCGACGACGAAGACGACAUGGCCGCCUCCGCCGAAACCCCAUCCAACCCCUCCAACGCGCAACAAGACUCCUCAUUACAACCCUCCACCAACGACCACGCCGCAUCAGCGAAGGGGAAAUUCUCCGGUGAACGCAACUCGAAACCCCACACACCAGAAAACAGCCUUGUCCCCGAAGAGUACAAGCCAAACGCCAAACACAACCCCGUAAACGACGCAAGGGGCGACAUGAGCAGCCUGGAUAGCGAGAAGGAGAAGGAGAAGAGCAAGCAGAAGCCAAAGGGCGACAGUGAUACCGAGCGAGCGAAUAAAGCGAGGGCGCAGGUUAAGAGCCAGGAACCUGUUAGUGAGAGCGAGAGUAUGGUGCCGAAGGCUAGUCAUGAUGCGAAGUGA